AACACUGGUCGUGAUUCAUUCGACAAAAAAAACAACGUAAAUUGAUAAAAAUCCCAGUUGAAGUUAAAAUCCAACUGCCAGACUCUUUUAUUCUUCAUUCGCUAAGGAAAUUCGUCAAGCUGGGUAACGACAUGUCUACGAGUUCAAUGGAAAAACACCUUUUCAAUCUAAAAUUUGCUGUUAAGGAGCUGGAACGCAACUCGAAAAAAUGCGAGAAAGAGGAGAAGCUGGAGAAGGCCAAGGCCAAGAAAGCCAUCCAAAAGGGCAACAUGGACGUGGCCCGCAUCCAUGCAGAGAACGCCAUUCGCCAGAAGAACCAGGCGGUCAACUAUCUCAGGAUGAGUGCUCGCGUGGAUGCAGUGGCCAGUAGGGUGCAGUCAGCGCUAACCACUCGUAAGGUCACCGGCUCAAUGGCCGGCGUGGUUAAGGCUAUGGACGCAGCAAUGAAGGGCAUGAAUCUGGAGAAAAUCUCCUCGCUGAUGGAGAAAUUCGAGUCACAGUUCGAGGACCUGGACGUCCAGAGCUCCGUGAUGGAGGGCACCAUGUCGGACACCGUGACCACCUCGGUGCCCCAAGGCGAUGUUGACAAUCUGCUCCAACAAGUGGCCGACGAAGCUGGUCUGGAGCUUAAUAUGGAAUUGCCCAGCGGUGUCCAGAGCCAGACAAUCGGCGCAUCGACGGCUGUGUCCCAAGAGCAGGAUGAGCUCACCCAGCGCCUGGCGCGCCUCCGUCAGGCCGAAUAAAACACGAAUCCCCAUCUGCCCGUUGAAUUUCUAUGUUAUAGCAAUUAAGUAAUACCCAAAAAAUAUAAAUAAGUUAAAACAGCCAGUGAUUAAGAA